AGUCGCUUCCGGUUGGGAGGUGCUUGUGCGCGUGAGCUAAGCCGGUGGGUGAGCUGCUGCUGCUGCAGCAGCCUGGGUUGUGGGCGCUACCGGGAAGGGGCUGAUGACCAUGGACCUGCGGCAGUUUCUGAUGUGCCUCUCUCUGUGCACUGCCUUGGCCUUGAGCAAGCCCACGGAAAAGAAGGACCGCGUCCACCAUGAACCUCAGCUCAGCGACAAGGUUCACAACGAUGCCCAGAGCUUUGAUUAUGACCAUGAUGCCUUCCUGGGCGCUGAAGAAGCAAAGACCUUUGAUCAGCUGACACCAGAAGAGAGCAAGGAAAGGCUUGGAAUGAUUGUAGAUAAAAUAGACGCGGAUAAAGAUGGGUUUGUGACGGAGGGGGAGCUGAAAUCCUGGAUUAAGCACGCCCAGAAGAAAUACAUAUAUGACAAUGUUGAAAACCAGUGGCAGGAGUUUGAUAUGAAUCAAGACGGCUUAAUCUCCUGGGAUGAGUACAGGAACGUGACUUAUGGCACUUACCUGGAUGAUCCAGACCCUGAUGAUGGAUUUAACUAUAAACAGAUGAUGGUUCGAGAUGAGCGGAGGUUUAAAAUGGCAGACAAGGAUGGAGACCUCAUUGCCACAAAGGAGGAAUUUACAGCUUUCCUGCACCCUGAGGAAUACGACUACAUGAAAGAUAUAGUAGUACAGGAAACAAUGGAGGAUAUAGAUAAGAAUUCUGAUGGUUUCAUUGAUCUAGAAGAGUAUAUUGGUGACAUGUAUAGCCAUGAUGGAAAUGCUGAUGAGCCAGAAUGGGUAAAGACAGAGAGAGAACAAUUCGUUGAGUUUCGAGAUAAGAACCGUGAUGGGAAGAUGGACAAGGAAGAGACCAAAGACUGGAUCCUCCCCUCAGACUACGAUCACGCAGAGGCAGAAGCCAGGCACCUAGUCUAUGAGUCAGACCAAAACAAGGAUGGCAAACUUACCAAGGAGGAGAUUGUUGACAAGUAUGAUUUAUUUGUGGGCAGCCAGGCCACAGAUUUUGGUGAGGCCUUAGUACGACACGAUGAAUUCUGAGCUGCAGACAGAGGAACCCACGUUUCUCAAAAGUAAUUUAUUUUUACAGCCUCUGGUUUCACACGAAAUUGUUUGCGCUACUGAGACUGUUAUUACAAACUUUUUAAACCGUGAAAAGGCGUAACGAAACCACCCCGUCCCCGUUCCUUCUCCUCUCUGAGGGAUUGGAGGAAAACCGUGCUUCUGAGGAACAACUCUAAUUAGUACACUUGUGUUUGUAGAUUUACACUUUGUAUUAUGUAUAACAUGGUGUGUUUAUUUUUGUAUUUGUUCUCUGGUUGGGAGUAUGAUAUGAAGGAUCAAGGUCCUUAACUCAUAUGUGUAGGCAAAAAUUAGCCCUUCACUCUUUCUCAACCCUUACCAUGUAAUUUUUAUAAUUCUGACUUAACUAAUUUUUUAAGCUUGAGAUCAGUAAGAAAUGUUCAGGAAAGAAGAAAAGGAAAAAAUAUACCGCACAAUUUAUAUUUAGAGAGCUAACACUAAUCUUGCUUAUUGAAAAGUGUAUUUCAACAGUGAUAGGGGCCAUAGAUUCCAUUCCCUUGCUACAGAGCCAGCAACUGAUCUUGGCAUUAUCCGGGCAAGGACAGAUCCCUGUGCUGUAAGAAAGCUUGGCUCAACUGGAUUUCAUUCAUCCUCCUUUUCCCUUCCCUGUAGGACUGGCUGUUUGCUAAUUUUGUCAAGCACAGCUGUGGUAGGAAGAGUUAGGGCCAGUGUCUUGAAAAUCAAGUAGUGAGUGAUCUUUUUACAGAGCUAUACAUAGAAACAGCUGGAAAACUAACGGACAAAUACAAGUGUUUUCAGGGCACACACUUUUUUCUGGGUGUGCAUCUGUUGAAGUGCUCAAGGCUGUCUUGCCUGUUGAGUCACUGUAAGUGCCCCGUUUGGCCCCUGCUUCCGCAGGUGUUGGAGGAAUUCUGUUUGCUUUCACUGCAGCUAAAAUGUACUGCUUUACAAUCGUGUCAUUGAAAGUGCCUUUAACGAGAGAAUUGAUCACUGAAGGAGGAUUUUCUUAAGAAUACCCUAAGAUAAAAUAAAGAGAUUACUUGGACCACCUUCUAUGAACACUUAGAACCUCCCAAUUAGUGGGGAUUUUUUUUUUUUCCUCUUUCUCUUUCAGACAGUGGUUAAAUAGCAGUAUUAGUUAGGAGCUUGGUUGCAGUGUUCUUAUUUUGUGGGCUGCUUUCCAAAAACCACAUGCUGCUGAAUUUACCAGGGAUCCCCAUACCUCAGAAUGCUAACCACUUGCUACCAGGCCUGUUUCUGCGUCAGCUGGGGAACCUGAGCUCAGACUCACAGAUGAGAGGACCUGCAGAGAGGGCUCUUUGGUUUGAGGACCAUUGCUCACCCUUCCUGCCUUUGACCUGUCACUCCUUAUUCCCCCAUCGCCCCCUCUCCCCGCUGCCAGAAUAAAAGUUUAUCUUGGAUCCACAGAUUGCUAAUCCUGAUCAAAGAAAGGGACGUUGUAGAAAGAGCUGAAGAAACCACCCUCUAUUCCCAACUCACUUGACCUAUAUUUUACAUAACAUGAACUCUUGUCUUUUUUGGUCCCUUUCUUACAGAUGGACCUCUUUUGAGAGAACUUAUCAUAUUUCAAAUUUUUAGCCCUCAGGUUACUAGGAUAAAUAUAUGUAUAUCUAACCUUUAUUAUUUCAUAUAUCUUUCUGGAUAAUAUUCAGGUGGUGCUGGGUGAUUAUUAUAAUCUGAACCUAGGUGUAUCCUUUUUGGUCUUCCAUGAUCGCGUUGAGGUGGGCUACUUGGCCAUAUAUCAUGUAACUUCACCCCAGCCUUUGCAUUGAGCUCUUGAGAGUAGAUACACUCUUUUACGUUUAACCCCAGUAUCGGGGAAUGGAAAUUCCCUGCCCUCCAGAGUCCCCAUUUUUAUUGUUAAGAAGACCGGUGAUAACUAAUAAUGCCACCAACCCUGACUUAGAGCGAGCACAUCAUGACUGCAGCAGGAGAGCCUCUCAGCACACUAGGGCCGGAGGACCUGGCCCUUAUGCUAAAGUCACGCACUUAGAAAGCAAACCUUUAUCUGCUAAGACAGCAACCUCUGGAUGCUGGGUGCUCAGCAGCAAGCAUUGUACUCUAAUCUCUAAUGAUCCCCCUGGAUUAUUUUUUUGGUUUAACUCAAGGUUGGGGCUCGUGGACGGUAGCUGCACACCCACACUGUGUCCUGUGAACACUAGCUCUCUGGAAUUUGGAUACUGGUUAUUUUUUAUAGAGUGUAAACCAAGUUUUAUAUUCUAUAAUGCAAACAGGUACCUAUCUGUUUCUAAAUAAAACUGUUUACAUUCAUUAUAA